UUUUCCUGGUUUCAUAUAGUUUGAUUUUCAGUAUUUUAUGCGUCCAUAAAAUGACGAACGUGGUAAUAGUAACUCUGCAAAAGAGCGGUUAAUUUGAACUCGACUUUAAGUGCGAUGAGCAGUGGCUAUAGUUUGAAGCAUAAAAACAUGUUUUAGAGAACCAUUUCAUGGAUGUAACUAACAGAUGAAUAGAAAGACAAAAAAAUACUAACUCCUGAAUCAGUGAUCAAACUAGUAUGUCUUACUCUUCCUCUCUGUGUAUUUUAUUCAAGGGUCUCGAAUUUGUUAUGGUAAAGGAGUUGGUACCACUUGAAGGAGACUAUGUAUGUGAACUUGUAAUUAAGUUGGUACAAACUACUGAAGAGGAUCAGUAUGAUCUCAACCGUUGCUUAGCCAUUGAAGCUACUUAUAAAAACAAUAAAGGAUUGUGUUUCGAUAUUUAUGAGUUCAUGGGUAUUUUACAUGGGACAGAGCAUUUCAUGACGGUUCUCCAAGCCAAGAUUGGAGGUCCUUGCAUCAUUAUCCACCUCACAGAUGACUCAGGACAAUCAGUUACUUAUUCUUGUACAUAUUGCACGGACAAAGGAAAAUGGAUUACAAAUAACAUGUCUCAACUGAUCUUUCAUCCAUGCAAGCUGUUGUUUCAACUUCCAGUUCUGAUACAGGAAGAGAAUGUUAAAGAAAUGGAGUACAAAAUCAUUAAUUACUUGCAGAAGCUUUGCAUCUUUAAGCAACACAUUCUAGUAUCAUUCAUUUUAGAUGGAAGAACAAUAACCAGUACUCAGUUUUCUGCUGUUAGAGAUGCUGCUUUGAGAUUAGGUGAAUCAAGCCUCCAUUUACAUGUUCCACAAUUAAAUGUGAGUUUUAGUGUGACAAUGGCAGUCAGUGCCUACUCCAUUUGCAGAGAGGAACUUAACAUAGGAGUAUUAGAAAAGAAGCGGUCCUUUGAGGACGAUGACGGACACUUGCAUAUAUCAGUUUUAGGACUAUCAGCAUCUGUGUUCCCUUUGGAUGUCCAUUACUGGCAAUCAUUACUGGAAGCCUCACUUCCAGAUGACAUUACUCUCUCAGACCCAGUAAUGAUCUGUAAUGACUAUUGCAACAAAUUGCCUUCAGACUGGUGUCACACACUGCAAGGCUGCAAACAAACUAAAACAGUAUGUGUAUUUAUUACAUUUGAAUUGGACAAAAGUGAAACAAUAUGCUCAACAGAUUUGCAGAAAAUAUUAGAGGGAAAUAUUACAGUACUGAUAGAACAAAACAAGUCACCCAUGACAAAGUUGCUGAAGAAAGCACUGAAUUUAUUUCUAAGUACUCCAGAGGAGAACAUAAAUUCUUCUGAGACAAAUCCUGCUGAUGUCCAGUUCUGUGAUAUUAUGGCAUCAUCCCUAGUGAACAUAAUUUAUCUCAGUUUGGAUGAUGAGUUCCAAGAGAAGUGCUUGCAGCUGUUGAAAGCCAGUUACAAGAAAGAAGCAGAGGAUACAAUAAACAAGAAGUUGAAAGAAUUAAUUGGCAGCGAUGGAAACAUAAUGUAAAAAGCCACAGUUAAAUUGAAGGGUGCUGAAAGCAACUGAGUUCACUAUAAAAUUUACGCAGCUAGAAAUAUAGAAAUCUGUUUUGUUUUUAGUGUUACCAUGGAGAUAAUAUAUUCUAAAUCUAUUUCAUAAACUUCACUGCACAAUGUGGGGGUGGGGAAGGCAAACACACAAUUAAAAAGACUAUAUAUGCCAUAUAGAUGUAAACAAUGGACCUCAUAUUGU